AUGGCGACCCAAGAGAACGGCGAGGCGAGGCGAGGGAUAGGCCUCACGAAUCGCGAAGCAGCCAUGGAGGAAGAGAAGGAGGAGCAGAUGGUGGAGAUGAGCCAGAUGAGCCACCGCAGGAAGACGAGGAAAGAUAUGGAGGAAGGAAGGGAGGUGGCGGAGGAGAAAGAUGAGGAGGAGAAGACGAUAUCGAUCGAGAGGGUGUUCGACGGAAAGCCCGUGCCGUCGUGGCGGGAGCAGGUGACGUUCCGGGCCAUGGUGGUGGCCUUCUUCCUCUCGGUAAUGUUCAGCUUCAUAGUGAUGAAGCUUAACCUCACAACCGGCAUCAUCCCCUCCCUCAACGUCGCCGCCGGCCUCCUCGGGUUCUUCUUCAUCAAGACCUGGACCAAAGUUCUCGAGAAGACCGGCCUCCUCCAGCAAGCCUUCACCCGCCAGGAGAACACCGUUAUCCAGACCUGCGUCGUCGCCGCCUCCGGCAUUGCCUUCAGCGGUGGCUUUGGAAGUUAUCUUUUUGGUAUGAGCGAAAGAAUUGCCAAUCAAGCUACUGAAGCAGACAAUGCACAGAAUGUGAAAGACCCAGGAUUAGGAUGGAUGAUUGGGUUUCUCUUUGUUGUUAGUUUUCUUGGACUCUUCUCCCUUGUGCCCCUAAGAAAGAUCAUGAUCAUUGACUACAAGCUGAUCUAUCCAAGUGGAACUGCAACUGCUUUUCUUAUUAAUGGCUUCCACACUCCUCAGGGUGCCAAACUAGCAAAGAAGCAGGUCAGGACAUUAGGCAAGUUCUUUGUCUCCAGCUUCCUCUGGGGAUUUUUCCAAUGGUUUUACACUGCUGGUGAUGACUGUGGUUUUGCAAGCUUUCCGUCACUUGGUCUCCAAGCUUAUAAAAACAAAUUUUACUUUGAUUUUUCCGCGACUUAUGUUGGAGUUGGAAUGAUCUGCCCCUACCUUGUAAACAUAUCUGUUCUCCUUGGAGGCAUUCUUUCUUGGGGAGUCAUGUGGCCUCUUAUAGGUAAUAAGAAGGGCAGUUGGUUUCCUGCAGAUAUCCCAUUGAGCAGUCUUCAUAGCUUGCAGGGCUAUAGGGUCUUCAUUGCCAUUGCCAUGAUUCUUGGAGAUGGUCUCUAUAACUUUCUCAAGGUCUUUUCUCGAACAAUUUCCUCCCUCAUUUCUGUCGUGCGGAGUAGAGGUUCCAUGAGCACUCUUCCUGUCUCGGAUGAUGGUGCCCCUGUUCCUACAGCCACCACCAUAUCCUUCGAUGACCAACGCCGAACUGAGAUGUUUCUCAAUGAUCAAAUUCCACAAUCAGUUGCAUAUGGGGGCUAUGUUGCCAUUGCUGCCAUCUCCACUGCCACCCUUCCCCACAUCUUCCCUCAACUCAAAUGGUACUACGUUUUGGUUUCCUACAUCUUUGCACCAGCACUAGCCUUCUGCAAUGCUUAUGGCUGUGGCCUUACUGAUUGGUCUCUUGCCUCAACCUACGGGAAGCUUGCCAUUUUCAUUAUUGGAGCUUGGGCAGGUGCUUCACAUGGUGGUGUGCUAGCCGGUCUUGCAGCUUGUGGUGUCAUGAUGAGCAUUGUGUCCACUGCAUCAGACCUCAUGCAAGACUUUAAGACUGGAUACUUGACAUUAGCCUCUCCAAGGUCCAUGUUUAUCAGCCAAGUAAUUGGCACGGCAAUGGGUUGUGUGAUUGCUCCAUGCGUUUUCUGGCUUUUCUACAAGGCCUUCAGUGACCUUGGCAUGCCUGAGAGUGAAUAUCCGGCUCCCUAUGCCCUCGUUUAUCGAAACAUGGCGAUACUUGGCGUCGAAGGCUUCUCGUCGCUGCCAAAGCACUGCCUCACUCUCUGCUACAUAUUCUUCGCUGGUGCAAUUGUUAUUAACUUGCUAAGAGAUUUCUCUGGGAAGAAGGUAGCAAGGUUUAUACCACUUCCAAUGGCAAUGGCGAUCCCUUUCUAUAUUGGAUCAUACUUCGCUAUUGAUAUGUGUGUAGGGAGCCUGAUAUUGUUUGUGUGGGAAAUGGUCAACAAGGCUCAAGCAGAUGCAUUUGGCCCGGCCGUCGCCUCUGGUUUGAUAUGUGGUGAUGGGAUAUGGACUCUACCUCAAUCUAUACUAGCUUUGGCUAAAGUGAACCCACCUAUAUGCAUGAAGUUCCUCUCCAGGAAAGUGAACGCCAAAGUUGAUGGUUUCAUUGCCCAGUUAUCAUAAUUUCUUUUUUCUAGUUGAUGGACAAGAAUCUGUGAUAGAAAAUGGAUUCAGUGAUGAACGAGGCAAGCUGCUUGUCCACCAAUACUAUAAAGCAUCCAAGUGGAUAUAUAGAUGCAUUCCAUAAUUAUGGUUGGAGUCAACUAGUAUUUAGUUAUGUUUUCAAGUUUGAAAUGCACAUGUCACUUUGAAUGUAAAUGAAGCUUUAGUGUUCUUUUGAUGAAAAGUAAGUAAAGCCUUAGUUGAUUUUAAUUCCUUUCGG